AUGAUGUCCUGCUCUUCACUGAGCCAGGUUCUGAUCCUCUUCUUGGCUGUAAAGGUCCUGAUUGCUCCAGUACACUGCCAGAAGCAGAGAAGGAGCCAGCGACUCAGGCGGGAAUGGGUGAUCCCUUCCAUCAAGCUUUGGGAGAAUAAGAGAUACACUUUAGAUGAUAACAUUGGCAGAAUCCUCUCAGAUAUGAGUGUUGACCUGUACUACACACUGAAGGGUCCAGGCGCUGACCAGCCACCCUAUAAUUUAUUUCUGGUGGACAAAAACGGAAAUGUUCACGUUACAGGCAUUCUGGAUAGAGAGGAAAUACCAGAGUACAAUCUUGUCGCAAAUGCUUGGUUUAGAAAUAACACCAUCGCUGAAAAAAACAUGAAUUUAUUCUUUAAAGUACUUGAUGAGAAUGAUAACCCACCAGUGUUUACUGAGCCAGAGCCAGUGAGCAUUUAUGAAGGCAGUCCUGGUGGUACGUUUGUAACUCGCAUAAUUGCGACAGAUGCAGAUUUGCCGGGAUCUCUUCACACAAAGAUAUCUUACAAAAUAAUCAACCAGGAUCCAGAUAAUGGGAAGCUCUUCUUUACCAUUAAUAAACACUCUGGAAAUAUCUACGUAAAGGACUCAUCACUUGAUAGAGAGACCCAAAAUUCUUAUGUUCUGACCGUGAAGGCCACUGAUAUGGAUGGUGAUGAAAAUGGCAACUCUGCAACAACCACAGUACAGAUCAAUCUCUUAGACAUUAAUGACAACAUGCCCACUUUGGACAAGGAUGAGUAUGUAGUGUCUGUCGAUGAGAACAUGGCUGAUGCAGAAGUUCUGCGUAUCCCGGCUAUGGACAAAGAUGAGGAGAGGACAGACAACUGGUAUGCCAUAUUUCAGAUUGUCUCAGGAAAUGAGGAUGGAUAUUUUGCCUUUAAAACGGACCCAAACACAAAUGAGGGAAUCCUGUAUGUAGUCAAGCCUAUUGACUUUGAGACUGCCCCUAAUCUGCAGUUGGGUGUGAUGGUUGAAAAUAAAGCCCCUCCAGGGCUAGGAGGAGGGGUGGGAUCAGGGGGCGGGGAUGGUGCUGGAGGAGGAGCUCCUGGUACAGGAACAGGCAGUGGAGUGGAAGGAGCAGGUGGUUCAGGAAGCAGACCUGGAAAACCUAGCACUGGAUUUACCAACACAGGCCUAUUAAAGCAGAAGAUAUAUUCUUUGAAAGUCAACGUGAACAAUAAGCUGGAGGGACCUAAAUACAAUCCAAAAACUAAACAUCUAUCUAUGUCAGAGAACAAUAAGGGCAAUUCCAUUCCAAGGGUUAUUGCCACUUACCCUGCCAUAGAUGGUGACACGGGCAGAAAUGCAGAAAAUGUCAGAUAUGCUAAAGGUUAUGAUCCUGCAAACUGGCUAGCCAUUGAUGAACAAACAGCUGAAAUCACACUGACUAAGGAACCAGACCGAGAAUCAACUUAUCUCAUCAAUGGAACCUACUAUGCAAAGAUCCUCUGUCUAACAAAUGACAUUCCCUCAAAGACUGCUACAGGCACCAUCGCCAUCCAGGUUGAGGAUUUUAAUGACCACUGCCCAAGACUGACCAGCCUUGUACAGGACAUGUGCACCAUACAGGGAGCGCUGUAUGUUUCUGCCAUGGAUGAAGACCCUCCACCCAAUGGCAUUCCUUUCACCUUCUCCAUUGUUCCAGAAAAAACCCAGGGAAAAUGGAGCAUUGAGCACUUAAAUGAUACAACAGCCAUUUUGAGGACCCAAGAGACUCUGUGGCCAGGGCCUAAGGAAGUGACAGUGCAGGUGCAUGACCAGCAGGGGCUGUCAUGUCCGGAGCCACAGGUGCUAAAGGUGGACGUGUGCACCUGUGAUAUCAGUGGCCAUUGCUCUCCGGAUGUACGUAAACUGAAGGGCUCAGUACUUGGUGGUGCAGGGAUCAGUCUGAUCCUCCUGGGACUUCUCAUGCUAUUACUCAUCCCACUCUUGCUGUUGUCCUGCCAAUGUGGAAAAGCUGGUUUCGGAGGAGACUUUGUCGAUAUGCCCUUUGACACCAAAGAGCACCUGAUCACCUACAAUACAGAAGGGCUGGGAGAAGACCGGGAUGUGCCUUUAUACAUCAAACCAGGAACUGAUGCAACAGAUGUAGGUGGCUGCACAGAGAAUGGCCAUUGGAUGAAUGGCCAAUUCAUGAAUAACCAAUGGGUGACUAACCAUUUGGGGAAUAGCCAAACGGUGACUGACAGGACAAAUAUGGCCUGGAAAGAUGAUGGAUUGGCCCUUUCUGAACAAUUCUUGAAUCAUUACUACUCAGGGAAGUGUCAGGAGCUAGAUAGCACUGCCAUGAACUCGUUGCUGGUGUACAACGAGGAAGGUCGUGGGUCCCCUGCAGGUUCUGUGAGCAGCUUGAGCUUCCUUGACUCUGGCAAUGAUCUGGAGUUCCUUAAUGACCUCGAGUCAAAGUUUACCACUCUUGCUGAGAUAUGUGGAGGGACAAAGUUCAUGACAGCCAUCUCAGCUCCUGCUCCUGCUGCUGCUGCUGCUGCUGCUCCUACUCCUACUCCUGCUCCUGUUCUUGCACCUCCUCGUCCAAGACCUACUAUAGAAGCAGUCUCUACAAACAUCAACACCAUCAAUGCUGUUAACACCACCAGCACUGUCAACACUGCCAGCGCUAUUAGCGCACAUGCCAGACCCGCCCAGCCUUCAUCUGUGCAUGUGGAGAGGAAUGUGGUGGUUAACGACAGCCAUACUUCGAUAGUGACCGAUGCGACACCGGCCCAGACUGUGUUGGUGCAACAGCAGCCUUUGUACUACGUGGUGGAGCCACAGGUCCCCAGCACCGUCCUGCUGACCGAGAGGCCUGCCGUCGGCCUGGGGCAGGGCAUGUAUGUGCUGAACGGGGCCGAGGGGGUUCUGGUUCAGGGCUCUGUUGGAGCCAAGAACACAGGCCUGCUGCGGUCAGCUAACCAGUCUGGAUCGCAGGUGCUGUUGGUGGAGAGGGGUGCACAAGGUGGACAGAUCCUCCAGGGCACACUGCAGCGAGGAGGGCCCACUAGCUCUCAAGGUCUGCUGCUAGUGGAGGCGCAGGGUGGCUCUGUGAUAGAUGGAGCCUUCAAGAGAGGUUUUACUACAGCUGGUGGGUUGCACGUGGAAGGGGCGGGGGGGUCAUCGGGAAUUGUUCAUGGCUCGCAGCAGAGGGGCAUGACCACCAGCUCAUGGUCACAGAGUGAGACUGUGGGAUUGAAUAGAAAUUCUUACCAGGUAAGCGGACUUCCAACCUCACGGAAAGUUGUCAUCCAAGAAAAGAAGGUUGUAUCAAGUCAAGGCAAUCUGUAAUGAUAUGUAUAACAUCUUGAAAAAGAGAAUACGGUAACUCCAGUUGUUUGAGGUAAUGUUGUAAAUGCAUUACUAUAAGAUUCAAUUUUUUAUGUUCAGAGGGGUUUUUUAGCUUUGUCUACCUUGAUUACACUGCAAACAUUAUAUACACUUGUCUACCACUGGAAAACAACAUUCAAGACUUUGGUUUGAACACAAUACAUCCUAAGUUUUCAUUUUUAAUACUUUCACAUAAUUGAUAUAGGUUCUGAUUUAUGGUUUUUUGUUUUUUGUUUUGUUUUGGGUUUUUUUGGAAUGUUUUACAAUUUGUUCUUGAAUUUAGCUUUUUUAUGGGUUGGUUGUAUUUCAGUCUAUGCGAUUUUGCAAAUGUCAUACUGCAAGU